CGUUCGGCCGGUGAACGAGUGGUGCGUCCAGACGUUUGUAUCAGUGAGAAACUAUCAGUGCUGGGUCGUUCGUGAUCGAUCCUUGUGUGUAUCCUGUCAGGGUGUUUUUUUGCUCCGUUCUCUCGCCAGGAUAUUAUGCUACCGAUCGCGUGUGCAUCAGAAUCGUUUUGACUCGGGGGCCAACACCGCAGAUCACCAGCAAAAUGUUACCCCAGACUCCCGACAUCAUUCCUACGACACUGAACCAGCAAAAAUGUGUAAAGGCGCGUGCCCUCUACGACAACAUAGCGGAAGCUCCCGACGAAUUGGCGUUUCGGAAGGGCGAUGUUCUCACCGUACUCGAACAAAACACCGCCGGUCUUGAGGGUUGGUGGUUGUGCGCCCUGCGAGGCAGACAGGGCAUCUGUCCAGGAAAUCGAUUGAGACUCCUGGUCGGCCAAUAUGAUACAGGGGGUUGUUUGGUUGGCAGCAGGCCUGACCUAACCAUUUCUGAAGACGGUGUACAGAGGCAUGGAAAACGGCGUAGCUGGCACGUUCAGCCGAAUAGGGUGGUGACUCCACAGAAGUGCGGUGACGUGUAUCUUUACGAUCUUCCAGCGAGUCGGGGAAGUCCCGCGCCUCCUUCGAGACACGAUUCACCCUUGAAUUCGAACAACGACCAAUUACACAACACAGGUACGUAUAAACGCAGCCUCCGCAAUAGCGUGGACAACGGCGGCGAUACGAGCGAAUGCUACGACGUUCCACCACGAGCGGUUCCUGUGAUUCCUUCGCCAGCGAGCAGCCCGAGUCCUGCACCCUCGUGUUACGAUAUCCCAAGGCAACCACCCUCCUGUACGCCGAACUCAAAUUGCUCCGGUGGCUCCGGCGUGACGCCUCUCGAUUGCUACGACGUGCCCAGGCAAUUGCAGCCCUUGACACCGAGCAGCUCUGCGUCCAGCCUUACAAACGACGGAUCUCUCAGCGGAUCGAACAGAUCCAGCCUAGCUGCUCCUGAUUACGAUGUACCUCGCUCACGUCUUCCACCUUCCUCGUUACCUUCCCGGCACAACACGCCCGUGCCUAAGACACCGACACCUCCACCUCCGCCGCAAACACAGCAGAUCUACGAUGUUCCAGUCAGCAAGGAACUUCCCCUGGAGCUGGACUCCGCGUUGGAAGGCUUGCAGAGGUUGCAGAGCGAGGCAUCGACAGCGAUAGCCAGGUUACUCGGCUUCGUCAGCCCCAAAUGGAGAACGCCCCAGCAAUUAGACGCGACCUUGAUGGACCUCAAACUGGCUGCCCAUAGGCUUAGAACGUCUUUACAUGACCUGGCUGAAUUUGCUGAAGGCACGCUGGGGAACGCGGGCAAAGCACCGGACAAGGGGUUGGCCACAAAAUUACGACCCCUGGUCAAGGCUCUACGCGACACGGACAAGCUCGUGCAAGAGGCCGCGAGCAACCUGGACGCGAUGGAAUGGAACGCCGGGAAGCUUUGUCGUGGGGGCGGUGAUACCCCAACACCUACUAACGGGCCGCCUUCCACCCCUGUGCUACCCCCGCAACCGGAUCCGCUUGAUCAGCUGAUCGCGUGCGCUCGAGCACUCACGGAAGACGUUCGUCAGGUCGCCAGUUUCAUUCAGGGGAAUUCGACGUUGCUUUUCAAACGGUCGUCGAUCAUCUCGACCGGCAGCAGUAACAACAGCGGCGCCGGAGAGGAUUACGAUUACGUAAAUCUCGACUCGAGGGAAGUGGUCGCGAAGCAACGCGAAGAGCUAAGGGCGACGCUGCCGCAGGAACUCCGUAGUAAUUACGAUCUCCUUGUAUCCGAGGCGGACAAUGCGGCGAUUCAAAUGCCACCCACAACUCCGACACCCAUGGAUCCUGACGACAAACAAUUGCUGGCUUUCUACGUCGCCCAGGUGAUCACGCAUGGCAACCACCUGACUCACGCCAUUGACGCUUUCAUGCAAACGGUCGCGCACAAUCAACCGCCUAAGGUAUUCCUGGCACAUGGAAAGUUCGUGGUGUUGAGCGCUCACCGGUUGGUGCACAUCGGCGACACGGUUCACAGGAACGUGAUUAGAAACGACGUGAAAACACGCGUGUUACAGUGCGCAAACGCGCUGAACGAGGCACUUGAACAGACUGUGUCGAAAACGAAACAGGCAGCGCAGUUCUUCCCCAGCGUGUCCGCGGUUCAAGAGAUGGUUGACAGCGUCGUAGACGUUUCUCACUUGGCUAAAGACCUAAAGGUCGCGAUGAUUCAGGCAGCGCAACAGCCUUGAACACCCAAAGAUCAGAUCGUAAUCUUCGACACGAAGGAAGCUGGCGACAUGCGAAUUCAGCAGGCUUCGCCAUUCCUAUCCUACUAAAAGACUUUCUUUACGUGCAAGUUCCUUGGAUCGGCUUGACGGUCAAACGGUUUCCACCUGAAGAAAACUUGAAUCGUCGUAAGG